AUGUCGCUGCUCUGCGUCGGAGUUAAAAAGGCCAAGUUCGACGGGCCCCAAGAGAAGUUUAACACCUACGUGACACUGAAGGUGCAAAAUGUCAAGAGCACAACCAUCGCGGUGCGGGGCAACCUGCCCUCCUGGGAGCAGGACUUCAUGUUCGAGAUCAACCGGCUCGACCUUGGCCUGACGGUGGAGGUGUGGAACAAGGGGCUCAUCUGGGACACCAUGGUGGGGACGGUGUGGAUCCCCCUCCGGACCAUCCGACAGUCCAAUGAGGAGGGCCCUGGGGAAUGGCUCACGCUCGACUCCCAGGUUAUCAUGACCGACAACGAGAUUUCGGGCACCAAGGACCCCACUUUCCACCGUAUCCUCCUUGACACCCGCUUCGAACUGCCGUUGGAUAUCCCCGAGGAGGAGGCCAGGUAUUGGGCCAAGAAGCUGGAGCAGCUCAAUGCCAUGCGGGACCAAGACGAUUACGCCUUCCAGGAGGAGCAGGAAAAGCCUCUGCCCGUACACAGCUCCCAGUGCUGCAACUGGAAUUAUUUUGGCUGGGGAGAACAGCAGAAUGAUGACCCCGACAGCACAGUGGAUGACCGGGACAGCGAUUACCGCAGCGAGACCAGCAACAGCAUCCCGCCGCCGUACUACACCACCUCCCAGCCCAACGCCUCCGUCCACCAGUACCCCAUGAGGCACCAGCAGCAGAGCUCCCGCGACUCCUACACCGACUCCAUGCAGAGCUACGAGAUGGACUACUCAGACCAGCGUCCCAUCAGCCCCACAGGGAGCAGCCGCUACGCCUCGUCGGCCGAGCUGAGCCAGGGCAGCUCCCAGCUGAGCGAGGACUUCGAGAACGAGAGCCUGCGGGAUUCGGAGCUGGAUGAGCGGGACGGCGACUCCUACCACUCCUGCCACAGCUCCGUCAGCUACCGCAAGGACUCGCCCCGCUGGGAGGAGGAGGAUGAUGACCUCUAUCUGGAGGAGGAGGAAGAAGAGGAGGAAGAGUUCAAUGAGGACUACAGUGAGAACGAGGAAGGCUACCCCAAGGAGGAGGAGGAGGAGGAGGACCUGCGGGAGCAGGGCACCUAUGAAACCCCCGAGCACGAUGCCUACCCCCCACCGCAGAAAGCCCCUGGGCAGCAGCAGCAACAGGCCCAGCGGGGAGCGGAUGAAGCUCCCCUGCAAGAGGCGGCCCCCGAGCCCGAGCCCCCGAAGCCGGCUGAGAGGGAGCAGGCAGAGGUGGAGGUGCAGGACCCCAAAGCACGAGCCAAAGCCAACUGGCUGAGAGCCUUCAACAAGGUCUGCAUGCAGCUGCAGGAGGCCCGCGGGGAAGGCGAUGGAGAAGCUAAAUCCCUGUGGUUCAAAGGCGGGCCUGGUGGCGGGCUGAUAAUUAUAGACAGCAUGCCGGACAUACGCAAGCGAAAACCCAUCCCCCUAGUUAGCGAUUUGGCAAUGUCCCUGGUCCAGUCCAGGAAAGCGGGAAUCACAUCCGCACUGGCCUCGAGCACCUUGAACAAUGAGGAGCUGAAAAACCAUGUUUACAAGAAGACCCUGCAAGCCUUAGUGUACCCCAUCUCCUGCACGACGCCCCACAACUUUGAGGUGUGGACGGCCACCACCCCCACCUACUGCUACGAGUGCGAGGGGCUGCUUUGGGGCAUCGCCCGGCAGGGCAUGCGCUGCGCCGAGUGUGGCGUCAAGUGUCACGAGAAGUGCCAGGACCUGCUCAAUGCCGACUGCCUGCAGAGAGCAGCGGAGAAGAGCUCCAAGCACGGAGCGGAGGACCGGACCCAGAAUAUCAUCAUGGUGCUCAAGGACCGCAUGAAGAUCCGGGAGCGCAACAAGCCGGAGAUAUUUGAGCUGAUCCAGGAGGUGUUUGGGGUUACCAAGACCACACACACGCAGCAGAUGAAGGCAGUGAAGCAGAGUGUCCUGGACGGCACCUCCAAAUGGUCGGCCAAGAUCAGCAUCACAGUCGUCUGUGCCCAGGGCCUGCAAGCAAAGGAUAAGACGGGUUCCAGUGACCCUUAUGUCACGGUCCAGGUUGGAAAGACAAAAAAAAGGACUAAAACUAUCUACGGCAAUCUCAACCCGGUCUGGGAGGAGAAUUUCCAUUUCGAGUGCCAUAACUCCUCCGACCGCAUCAAGGUCCGCGUCUGGGAUGAAGACGAUGAUAUCAAGUCCCGUGUCAAGCAGCGCUUCAAGAGGGAGUCCGACGACUUCCUGGGUCAAACAAUCAUCGAGGUCCGGACCCUGAGCGGCGAGAUGGACGUCUGGUACAACCUCGACAAGCGGACAGACAAGUCAGCCGUGUCGGGGGCCAUCCGGCUGCACAUCAGCGUGGAGAUCAAAGGCGAGGAGAAGGUGGCUCCCUACCACGUACAGUACACCUGCCUGCACGAGAACCUGUUCCACUUCGUGACGGAUUUGCAAAACAACGGGGUGGUGAAGAUCCCCGACGCCAAGGGGGACGACGCCUGGAAGGUGUACUUUGAUGAGACGGCGCAGGAGAUCGUGGAUGAGUUUGCCAUGCGCUACGGGGUGGAGUCCAUCUACCAGGCCAUGACACAUUUUGCCUGCCUUUCCUCCAAAUACAUGUGCCCGGGGGUGCCGGCGGUGAUGAGCACCCUGCUAGCCAACAUCAACGCCUACUAUGCCCACACCACGGCUUCCACCAACGUCUCAGCCUCCGACCGCUUUGCCGCUUCCAAUUUCGGGAAGGAACGGUUUGUCAAACUCCUCGACCAGUUGCACAACUCACUGCGGAUCGACCUCUCCAUGUAUCGGAACAACUUCCCUGCCAGCAGUCCCGAACGGCUGCAGGAUCUCAAGUCCACGGUGGAUUUGCUGACCAGCAUCACCUUCUUUCGGAUGAAGGUCCAGGAGCUGCAGAGCCCCCCGCGAGCCAGCCAGGUGGUGAAGGACUGCGUGAAAGCCUGCCUCAACUCCACCUAUGAGUACAUCUUCAACAACUGUCACGAGCUGUACAGUCGCGAGUACCAGACGGACCCGACUAAGAAAGGCGAGGUGCCCCCGGAGGAACAGGGCCCCAGCAUCAAAAACCUGGACUUCUGGUCCAAGCUCAUCACCCUGAUAGUCUCCAUUAUCGAGGAGGACAAGAACUCCUACACACCCUGCCUGAACCAGUUUCCCCAGGAACUGAAUGUGGGGAAGAUCAGCGCCGAGGUGAUGUGGAACCUCUUUGCUCAGGACAUGAAGUACGCGAUGGAGGAGCACGACAAGCACCGCCUGUGCAAGAGCGCGGACUACAUGAACCUGCACUUCAAGGUGAAGUGGCUGUACAACGAGUACGUCACCGAGCUGCCUUCCUUCAAGAGCCGCGUGCCCGAGUACCCCGCCUGGUUCGAACCGUUCGUUAUCCAGUGGCUGGAUGAGAAUGAAGAGGUGUCGCGGGAUUUCCUGCAUGGAGCACUGGAGCGGGACAAGAAGGACGGGUUCCAGCAGACGUCGGAGCACGCACUCUUCUCUUGCUCCGUGGUAGACGUCUUCUCCCAGCUCAACCAGAGCUUCGAGAUCAUCAAGAAGCUCGAGUGCCCCGACCCCCAGAUUGUUGGACACUACAUGCGAAGGUUUGCCAAGACCAUCAGCAAUGUGCUACUCCAGUAUGCCGAGAUCAUCUCCAAGGAUUUCGCCUCGUACUGCUCCAAGGAAAAGGAGAAAGUGCCCUGCAUCCUGAUGAACAACAUCCAGCAGCUCCGCGUCCAGCUUGAGAAGAUGUUUGAAGCCAUGGGUGGGAAGGAGCUGGACACAGAAGCCAGUGAUAUCCUCAAGGAACUGCAGGUGAAACUCAACAACGUCCUGGAUGAGCUGAGCCGAGUCUUUGCCACUAGUUUCCAGCCCCACAUCGAGGAGUGUGUGAAGCAGAUGGGCGACAUCCUGGGCCAGGUGAAGGGCACCGGCAACGUCCCCGCCAGCACCUGCAGCAGCGUUGCGCAGGAUGCUGACAACGUCCUGCAGCCCAUCAUGGACCUUCUGGACAGCAACCUGACGCUCUUUGCCAAGAUCUGCGAGAAGACGGUGCUGAAGCGGGUGCUGAAGGAGCUCUGGAAGCUGGUGAUGAACACGAUGGAGAAGACCAUCGUCCUGCCCCCACUCACUGACCAGACGAUGAUUGGCACGCUCUUGAGAAAACAUGGCAAGGGGACAGAGAAGAGCAGGGUGAAGCUGCCCAGUCACACUGAAGGCACGCAGAUGAUUUUCAACGCAGCCAAGGAGCUGGGGCAGCUCUCCAAGCUGAAGGACCACAUGGUGCGGGAGGAAGCCAAGAGCCUGACCCCAAAGCAAUGUGCAGUGGUGGAGCUGGCGCUGGACACCAUCAAGCAAUACUUCCACGCCGGCGGCGUGGGGCUGAAGAAGACGUUCCUGGAGAAGAGCCCCGACCUGCAGUCGCUGCGCUACGCCCUGUCCCUCUACACCCAGGCCACUGACCUCCUCAUCAAAACCUUUGUGCAGACCCAGACUUCGCAGGGCUCUGGUGUGGAUGACCCUGUCGGGGAGGUGUCCAUCCACGUGGAGCUCUUCACCCACCCUGGCACUGGCGAACACAAAGUCACCGUCAAAGUGGUGGCUGCGAACGACCUCAAGUGGCAGACGUCGGGCAUCUUCAGGCCCUUCAUCGAGGUCAACAUCAUCGGGCCCCACCUCAGUGACAAGAAGAGGAAAUUCGCCACCAAAUCCAAGAACAACAGUUGGGCCCCCAAGUACAACGAGAGCUUCCAGUUCACGCUGGGGACGGAGACGGGCCCUGAGUGCUACGAGCUGCAGGUGUGCGUGAAGGAUUACUGCUUCGCCCGGGAGGACCGGACAGUGGGCAUCGCUGUCCUGCAGCUCCGCGACAUCCUGCAGCGACCCGGCUGCGCCUGCUGGCUGCCGCUGGGCCGCCGCAUCCACAUGGAUGACACCGGCCUCACCGUCCUCCGCAUCCUCUCCCAACGCAACAAUGACGAGGUGGCCAAGGAGUUCGUCAAGCUCAAGUCGGACACACGCUCGGCCGAGGAGGGCAGCAGUUAAACCCCUUCCACCCCCUCCCAGCCCUCUCCUCCACUCCUGGCCCCUUUUCUACAGCAUCCUCCAGCCAUGUAUAAGCCAUAAGAGCGGC